UGCAUUGAUAACGAUUGGGCCCUGGCAAUGGCGUGACUGGGGGGGAGAGAUUUGCCCAAUGCUCGAUGCUUGUUUUUUUGUCUGCCUGCCUGUAAGACGACAUGUAUGUACAUGGACUGGUUAGGUGUAUACUGUGCGUUCUGAGGUAUCACAACGCAUAUGUGCUCCUCUUCCGUUUGCUCGUCACCUCGCUAAGCCGCGAAUUGCAACUCUGUAGUGCAGCAUUGUAACAUGUCGUAUAGUGCCUCUUUCGUAUUAAGACAGUGUCUAAUUAAUGUUGGUUUUUUUAUCUUGCUGUAUUCUUUGUUCUCUCUCUUCUCAGCCCAGUGUCUCGCUCCCAUUUACCGUACCGUGUCUCUCCUUGUUCCCCGUCUUGUUCCCCGGCAUACCGUUUUUUGCUACGCUGCUGCUAGUGCCGUUUUCUUUUCCCAUAUAUUCCCAUAGCUUUGAAACAGCGCGGGUCUCCCCUUUCAAGGUCUUUGUUCGCUUUUGGCAGGGGGAUGCGGUAAAAGGAGAAAGACGCAAGAUUAGUAGUGGAGAAGCAGUGCUCCGUCGGGUGGAUCUUCUCAAACCGCCGUGCGUCUGCCGAUCUGGGAUUAUAAUGGCUCACAAAGCUUGGCCCUGUGUCGCCUUUGAGGGAGAACUACUGUGUCUUGGCAAGGCUUCGCAUGCUGGACCGUGACAUGGGGGGAGGAGGAGCAAGAGCUUGAUGCAGCUACAGGUGAAGGUGAAGGUAGCAUCAAUGGAUCCGUAUUACUUGUACUGAUGAGGCGGGAUACAGU